AGAGAGACUGGUAUAUUUGCGUGUCGGUUUAUAUAUGUGAAAUGGUGCAGAUAAAUUCUGUAUAAAUACUUAGAUGUAGUGCAGUGUGUGCUGUUUUUAAUGUGUUUUGUGAUCAGUGAGGCGGUGUUACCUUAAAACCCACCUAGGAAAUCUGCACUUCGAUCAGACUUGGUCAAAGGUGCAGUUAGACUGCAGGACGGUUAUAUUCACAUCACAUUAUAUUUCUGUCAGAUAGCACCGACGGUCAAGGAUGAAGAGGAGAAGCGGUAAACAGGACAGCUCAGCCAGGGACGGCCAGAGAACCGGGAGACCCCAGAGGAAGAAGGCGGAACCGUCCCGCUGGGGGCUAAAAAGGGGCUUAUUGGUCCUCUUUGUUGUCUUCAUUUUGGUGCCUGUCUCCUACAUAAUGCUCCCAGAAUUAAUCCAGCACUUUGUUUACACUCACCGGGUCAGAGUGCCGUUCUUUGUUGACCUCAGCCGACCUGCUGAUCUCUCCCUUAAUCACACCAUCAACAUGUACUUAACAUCAGAGGAGGGAAUUUCCCUCGGUGUAUGGUACACUGUUCCUGAAAGUCGGUGGAAAGAGGCACAAGGGAAGGACUUACCAUGGUAUGAGAAUGCUUUAAGCGAUGGAAGUCCAGUUUUCAUAUAUCUUCACGGGAACACAGGCACAAGGGCAGCCACUCAUCGGGUGGGAGUGGCAAAAGUAUUGAGUGCGCUUGGAUAUCACGUGCUGGUGCCUGACUACAGAGGUUUUGGAGACUCCACUGGGGAGCCGACUGAAGCUGGUCUGACCACUGAUGCCCUGUGUGUGUACAACUGGGUGAAAGCACGCAGUGGAAACAGCCUAGUCGUCUUCUGGGGACACUCUCUUGGCACUGGAGUGUCCACCAACACUGCAGUCAAAAUGGUUCAGCAAGGUGUGGUUUUCGAUGGUGUGAUCCUGGAAGGUGCAUUCAAUAGUGCUCGACAGAAGAUUCCAAUUAAUCCUUUUUUUUGGUAUUACUGGAAAUUCCCAGGCGUUGGAUACCUUUUCAAAGAACCAUGGGCAGAAAAUAAAGUUGUCUUUCCUACUGAAGAGAAUUUGAAGAAAAUGAAAAGUCCAAUACUUUUCCUUCAUUCAGAGGACGAUCACAUGGUUCCUCUUCCGAUUGUUCAGCAGAUGUAUGAGGUUGCAGCAAGUGCCCAGACUACAGAGCGAGUGAAGCUGGUGACAUUUGAGGGUUCUCUGGGAUAUCUACACAACGGCUUAUACAGAGACCCCCGUCUGCCCGACAUCAUAAAGAGGUUUGUGCUGUCGUUGUGAUGUCCGAAAAAUGACUGAAGCAGAAAUCUGGAGAUGAGCUGCACUUUUUUCAUUUAAUCUCUUUUAAUUGAUUUCCUUUGUAUACUGACUGUGUUGCAUAAAUAUGUCAUGUAUUUUAUGAACCCAGAAAAUGUAAUUUUGAAUGUGUUGAAUGUUUGUUAUUUUAGGAAAUACCACUCAGGAAUUGAUUGCAAAGUGUGUUUUUAAGUGAAUGACAAUUGUUUAAGAUUGUUAACUGCUGAUUUUUAUCAUUGUUAUUAUUAAAAUUUGAAGUGUAAUGAGGAUAAGA